AUGGGGCUAGUUGUUAGUGCUCCUUUUAUCUUUUUUGAAUAUGAAAUUGGGAAGAUCUUAGCUUUGCAGCAACUGGAAGUGGAAAAUCGAAGAUUACAUGCAAAUAUGACUAAACUUCAGCUAUCAUUCGAUGAUUGCUGUUCUAAUCAAGCAUUGGAUGAUGGACCAGGACGAGAAGAAUUGCUAAAGCAGUACAAUCAGCUGCAACUUGAAGUUGACAGAUGGCGAGAGGAAUGCAUUCAGUUACACAGUAUUCUAGCAAAGCAAACUGAAGAAUUAAAGCCACAUAUUGCUGUAACAUUACUGCCAGGAUUGCCUGCAUACAUUUUGUUCAUGUACAUUAGGCAUGCCGACUGUCAAAAUGAUUAUGAGAAAGUACAGUUACUCCUGACAGCAACUAUCUACACCAUUGAAAAAGUUACUAAGAAAGGCCAUGAUGAUAUUGAUACAAUGGUUUUGUGGCUUUCAAAUACUGUGAGGCUUCUGCAUAAUCUGAAACAGUAUAGUGAAGACAAAACAUUCCAAAGUGAAAACACAUCACUACAGAAUGAACAGUGUCUACAGAAUUUUGAUCUCACUGAAUACAGAGAAGUUCUUUCAGAUACAGCUGUAGAAAUCUACCAGAGUCUUGCUGGGCAUAUACAAGAAAAGAUAGAGCCACUGGUGGUGCCAGCUAUUCUUGAACAUGAAGAAAUAAGUGGCUUGACAAGCCAGAUACCUAGUGGAAAGAGAGGAAGAGCUGUGUUGUCAUCAUGGGAUUCUGAGCCAUUUUUGGGUGUACAGAAGUCAUUGGAUGCACUCUUGCAGGAACUAAAUUAUAUCUAUAAAAUUAUGGGGAACCAUGGUGUUGACAUAGAACUUACUGUCCAGAUAUUUCGGCAGGUAUUCUACUUCAUCUGUGCCAUUUCAGUGAAUAACCUACUGCUCCGAAAGGAUUUGUGUCAUUGGAGUAAAGGAAUGCAGAUAAGAUAUAAUCUAUCACAUCUUGAACAGUGGUGUCGUGACAUGAGACUACAGUGUACUGAUGUGCCAACCACAUUACAGCCCAUAAUUCAGGCUGCCCACUUGCUACAGGCUCGUAAGCUGGAUGAAGAUGUUCAGCAUGUAUGCAAUAUGUGUGAUAAACUUUCAAUGUUGCAGAUAAUCAAAAUACUCAAUCUGUAUACAACCAUUGAUGAAUCUGAAGAAUGUGUUCCUGUCAGCUUUAUUUGUAGAAUACAGGCCAAACUCCUGGAAAGAAGUGAACCUCAGAAACAGGCCACAUUGCUGAUGGACACAAAAUUCAUGUUCCCAGUAAGAUUUCCUUUUAAUCCAUCAAAAAUCCAUCUUGAAGACAUAGAAGUACCAGAGGUGUUGAACCUACCAAUGCUAAAAAAAGUUUAA